AUGGCUCUCAAGCGAAUUAACAAGGAAUUGAAAGAUCUCGAGCGUGACCCCCCAUCGUCCUGCUCAGCCGGUCCUAUUGGUGACGACCUCUUCCACUGGCAAGCAACCAUCAUGGGUCCUGAGGAUAGCCCCUAUCAAGGCGGUGUCUUUUUCCUUUCUAUCCACUUCCCUACUGAUUAUCCUUUCAAGCCUCCAAAGAUCAACUUCACCACCAAAAUCUAUCAUCCCAACAUCAACAGCAAUGGCAGCAUUUGCUUGGAUAUCCUCAAAGAUCAAUGGUCUCCUGCAUUGACAAUCUCCAAGGUUUUGCUGUCGGUUUGCUCUCUGCUCACCGAUCCCAACCCCGAUGAUCCGCUUGUGCCCGAGCUUGCUCACAUUUACAAGACUGAUCGCGCACGCUACGAUGCUACCGCUAGAGAAUGGACGAGAAAGUAUGCUAGUAAGUAG